GCCAGUUUGAAAUGUUAGAGUAAGAUAAGGGUGAGCUGCGACUGACAGGAGUGCUUCUCUCCAUCUUAUUAUGUAUAUAUUCAUCAUUCUUUUUUUAUAUGCCAUGAAUCUGCUAUGCAUGAUGUCAAACGUUAAAGGAAAUACUUGUGAACUUCAGAAAGCUCAAAUGGUGAUUAUGCCCAAUGUUAUUGAAAUGAUGAGCCGUGAGCACACAAUCAGCUGCUCAGCUCCACAGUGUCUCUCUGGUGUGAGGUGUCGCUUCUACAGGGGAGCUGAAUCAGAGCCGUUCAGAUCAGGGAGCUCAGACAGCAACCAGUGUGACUUCACUGCAAGUGGAGGAGAGCUGCUGGGAGAUAUGGAUCUAAAGAGUCAAGGCUAUCUGCAAUUCAGUUGUGAUUAUGAAAAUAUUAUCAACAGUGAAACCUCUGGGAGAAGUGACAACCUGAAAGUAAUAGUGAAGGAGCUUGUGAAAGCUGAAGUCAAAAGAGCGAGCACAGAGGAUCAGAAGAAGGAAUCUUUCAUGAUUAGAUGUGAAGGGGAUCGGCCAGUUAAAGGAUUUUGUCAUUUUUAUAAGAAUGAAGCUCUUUUCAGAUCAGAUACAUAUGCCACAGGUGUAAAAGCCUGUGUGAUUUCUGUGUUUAAGUAUCAGCUGUUGGAUCAAAGAUCAGUAAAGAAUGUCACUCAAGUGAACAUGAGCUGUGAAAUUGAAGUCAUAAGAGAAAAUGACAAAUGGACAUCACGCCACAGCAGGAAGGUGACAGUGGACGUAUAUGGUAAUCUCGGUAAACCAGCAUUAAGUGCAACAUCUGACAUAACUGGAAAGGAAGAAGCAGUAACGCUGACUUGUGAAUUGCCUCAGACAUUCCAUGAAGCUCACUGCCAUUUCUACAGAGAUGACGAUUCGCAUCCAUUCAAGUCAAAGAGCUCAGAAGAUAACAAGUGUGAGUUGUCUGUGGAUGGACAUGAACUGCUAGGAGGUCGAGCUACAGGGAUGGAGACUGAGGUUCAAUUGAGGUGUGACUACACUCUGAAUAUGAGCCCAGAGAUUCAUUCACAGUACAGCGAGAACAGGAGUGUAAGAGUGCUGGAUAUUCCAAAACCAGAAAUUUCCUUCUAUGAUGAAAAUAAAACUUCAAUUCUCUGUAAGGCUCCUGACAAUGUCACUGAAGUGCUGUUCAGCUUGUAUCAGGAGGGAGAAGAAGAAUGGCCUGAGACUAAAAAGGCUGAAAACAAUCAGAACGAAUUUAUCUUUGAAACUUCAAGGCAAGAUGGUGAGAAGUCUCCACACUACUGGUGUCAAUAUGAGUAUAAGGGAAUAAAAUCACCCAAAAGUGAUGUGAUCCACACAGAUGUAGAAGGAGCAAAGAUCAUCACAUAUGCAGCUGGAGGAGCGGCUUUCUUAGGCUUACUGGGGAUCAUACUUAUGUAUUUAUGCUGUUGUCGCAAGAAAAAUAAACAACCCAUUGAAUCGCAAUUCCAUUUCACAAAUGAAGAGAAUGGCACUUUAAUCAACAGCACAUAUGCUACUUUAAAUUCUCCCUGUCAAAGAAAUAUUCAAUCAGAGACAUCACAGAACUCAGAGUUAAAAGAAGACAUCACAUAUUCUACAGUAACUACAAUUCCAAAGAAGAAAAAGAAGAAAAUCACUGAUGACUCAAUAGUGUACUCCACACUCAAAGGGAUUUGAGAGAUAAAUGCAGACUAGAUGUACAGGAGUGUCAUCUGACUAAGCAGGAAAUACAGCAGCAACAAACAGCUUUUCAUUCGACUGAAUACAUGUGUGACACUUGAAUUUUGGUUUUAAACAUUUAGAGCUUAUGAUGAGCGACCUCUAAAAAAACACCAAAAUUAAUUUUACCAGGCAACUAUGCAGCGCUCUACACUCUGCUGAAUCCUGCUUUGGAACACAUGCAAAUGUGCAAGCAAGAAAAUUGCACAGAACACCCUACUUUACAAGAAGUUAUUUUUUGAAGUUUGUUUCCUUGAAGUGUGUUUUCUGCAUUAAGCAACAUUUUUCUUUUUUUUUGGACUGGCAUGCAGAGGUAGAUAGUGCUGCUACCCUUAUAAAAAGGAGAAAGGUAAAGAAACAAUGUAAACAUUACUCUUUUUAUAUUUAUACUAAAUAUAACAUGGUUUAUGACUUGAAAAAGAGAAGGGCAUUUCCUCUGUACAGUGCAAAAAUAAUUGAAGUCUGAAUUGGCCAAAUAAAAGAAACAAAAGAUAUGAGAAACAAUGCUGCUUGUUCUAAUUAGGGCCAUGGAUGAAAGAGCAGAUAAGAAACAGCUUUGAAUAGCAGGGUCCGUUCAGACUCACUCACACAGGCCCAACAUGUAAUCACAAGUUAACCUCACUAGUAUCUGUUUUGGGAAGCAGGAAAAAACACAGAUUGUCCCUCAGAAACCUCACAUACAUAGAAGGUGAAUAAGCAAACUCCAUAAAAACAUCUACUGGGUUUGGGAUCAAAGUCCAGAACAGGGCAUCUGUGAGGCUAUAUUGUUAUCCAGUAAUUUCAUAUUUAUCAUAAAUUUAUCAAGGAAAGGCAGGACACUGGACUGCUGUCAGAUCACUAAUAAACCUGUUGUUGAGUUAACAAGGCUAAAUUUGGAAUUGAUUUGUUUGCUGACUUUCCAAUUUAAAUAAAUUUUUUGGGAUUUGGUUUAA